AUGAGUCCAAUGAUUCAUUUCUUUGGUUUCCAUUUCCUGUCUCUUGAUAAGCCUGCAGGUGCUAGAAUCACUGUCUCUUCCAAGAGUGAUAAGCCUGCAGGUGCUAGAAUCACUGUCUCUUCCAAGAGUGAUAAGCCUGCAGGUGCUAGAAUCACUGUCUCUUCCAAGAGUGAUAAGCCUGCAGGUGCUAGAAUCACUGUCUCUUCCAAGAGUGAUAAGCCUGCAGGUGCUAGAAUCACUGUCUCUUCCAAGAGUGAUAAGCCUGCAGGUGCUAGAAUCACUGUCUCUUCCAAGAGUGAUAAGCCUGCAGGUGCUAGAAUCACUGUCUCUUCCAAGAGUGAUAAGCCUGCAGGUGCUAGAAUCACUGUCUCUUCCAAGAGUGAUAAGCCUGCAGGUGCUAGAAUCACUGUCUCUUCCAAGAGUGAUAAGCCUGCAGGUGCUAGAAUCACUGUCUCUUCCAAGAGUGAUAAGCCUGCAGGUGCUAGAAUCACUGUCUCUUCCAAGAGUGAUAAGCCUGCAGGUGCUAGAAUCACUGUCUCUUCCAAGAGUGAUAAGCCUGCAGGUGCUAGAAUCCCUGUCUCUUCCAAGAGUGAUAAGCCUGCAGGUGCUAGAAUCCCUGUCUCUUCCAAGAGUGAUAAGCCUGCAGGUGCUAGAAUCACUGUCUCUUCCAAGAGCGAUAAGCCUGCAGGUGCUAGAAUCCCUGUCUCUUCCAAGAGCGAUAAGCCUGCAGGUGCUAGAAUCCCUGUCUUUUCCAAGAGCGAUAAGCCUGCAGGUGCUAGAAUCCCUGUCUCUUCCAAGAGCGAUAAGCCUGCAGGUGCUAGAAUCACUGUCUCUUCCAAGAGCGAUAAGCCUGCAGGUGCUAGAAUCACUGUCUCUUCCAAGAGUGAUAAGCCUGCAGGUGCUAGAAUCACUGUCUCUUCCAAGAGUGAUAAGCCUGCAGGUGCUAGAAUCACUGUCUCUUCCAAGAGUGAUAAGCCUGCAGGUGCUAGAAUCCCUGUCUCUUCCAAGAGUGAUAAGCCUGCAGGUGCUAGAAUCACUGUCUCUUCCAAGAGUGAUAAGCCUGCAGGUGCUAGAAUCCCUGUCUCUUCCAAGAGUGAUAAGCCUGCAGGUGCUAGAAUCACUGUCUCUUCCAAGAGUGAUAAGCCUGCAGGUGCUAGAAUCACUGUCUCUUCCAAGAGUGAUAAGCCUGCAGGUGCUAGAAUCACUGUCUCUUCCAAGAGUGAUAAGCCUGCAGGUGCUAGAAUCACUGUCUCUUCCAAGAGUGAUAAGCCUGCAGGUGCUAGAAUCACUGUCUCUUCCAAGAGUGAUAAGCCUGCAGGUGCUAGAAUCCCUGUCUCUUCCAAGAGUGAUAAGCCUGCAGGUGCUAGAAUCCCUGUCUCUUCCAAGAGUGAUAAGCCUGCAGGUGCUAGAAUCCCUGUCUCUUCCAAGAGUGAUAAGCCUGCAGGUGCUAGAAUCCCUGUCUCUUCCAAGAGUGAUAAGCCUGCAGGUGCUAGAAUCCCUGUCUCUUCCAAGAGUGAUAAGCCUGCAGGUGCUAGAAUCCCUGUCUCUUCCAAGAGUGAUAAGCCUGCAGGUGCUAGAAUCCCUGUCUCUUCCAAGAGUGAUAAGCCUGCAGGUGCUAGAAUCCCUGUCUCUUCCAAGAGUGAUAAGCCUGCAGGUGCUAGAAUCACUGUCUCUUCCAAGAGUGAUAAGCCUGCAGGUGCUAGAAUCACUGUCUCUUCCAAGAGUGAUAAGCCUGCAGGUGCUAGAAUUACUGUCUCUUCCAAGAGUGAAAAGCCUGCAGGUGCUAGAAUCACUGUCUCUUCCAAGAGUGAUAAGCCUGCAGGUGCUAGAAUCCCUGUCUCUUCCAAGAGUGAUAAGCCUGCAGGUGCUAGAAUCACUGUCUCUUCCAAGAGUGAUAAGCCUGCAGGUGCUAGAAUCACUGUCUCUUCCAAGAGUGAUAAGCCUGCAGGUGCUAGAAUCACUGUCUCUUCCAAGAGUGAUAAGCCUGCAGGUGCUAGAAUCCCUGUCUCUUCCAAGAGUGAUAAGCCUGCAGGUGCUAGAAUCCCUGUCUCUUCCAAGAGUGAUAAGCCUGCAGGUGCUAGAAUCCCUGUCUCUUCCAAGAGUGAUAAGCCUGCAGGUGCUAGAAUCCCUGUCUCUUCCAAGAGUGAUAAGCCUGCAGGUGCUAGAAUCCCUGUCUCUUCCAAGAGUGAUAAGCCUGCAGGUGCUAGAAUCCCUGUCUCUUCCAAGAGUGAUAAGCCUGCAGGUGCAAGAAUCACUGUCUCUUCCAAGAGUGAUAAGCCUGCAGGUGCUAGAAUCACUGUCUCUUCCAAGAGUGAUAAGCCUGCAGGUGCUAGAAUCACUGUCUCUUCCAAGAGUGAUAAGCCUGCAGGUGCUAGAAUCCCUGUCUCUUCCAAGAGUGAUAAGCCUGCAGGUGCUAGAAUCCCUGUCUCUUCCAAGAGUGAUAAGCCUGCAGGUGCUAGAAUCCCUGUCUCUUCCAAGAGUGAUAAGCCUGCAGGUGCUAGAAUCACUGUCUCUUCCAAGAGUGAUAAGCCUGCAGGUGCUAGAAUCCCUGUCUCUUCCAAGAGUGAUAAGCCUGCAGGUGCUAUAAUCACUGUCUCUUCCAAGAGUGAUAAGCCUGCAGGUGCUAGAAUCACUGUCUCUUCCAAGAGUGAUAAGCCUGCAGGUGCUAGAAUCACUGUCUCUUCCAAGAGUGAUAAGCCUGCAGGUGCUAGAAUCACUGUCUCUUCCAAGAGUGAUAAGCCUGCAGGUGCUAGAAUCACUGUCUCUUCCAAGAGUGAUAAGCCUGCAGGUGCUAGAAUCACUGUCUCUUCCAAGAGUGAUAAGCCUGCAGGUGCUAGAAUCCCUGUCUCUUCCAAGAGUGAUAAGCCUGCAGGUGCUAGAAUCCCUGUCUCUUCCAAGAGUGAUAAGCCUGCAGGUGCUAGAAUCCCUGUCUCUUCCAAGAGUGAUAAGCCUGCAGGCGCUAGAAUCCCUGUCUCUUCCAAGAGUGAUAAGCCUGCAGGUGCUAGAAUCACUGUCUCUUCCAAGAGUGAUAAGCCUGCAGGCGCUAGAAUCACUGUCUCUUCCAAGAGUGAUAAGCCUGCAGGUGCUAGAAUCACUGUCUCUUCCAAGAGUGAUAAGCCUGCAGGUGCUAGAAUCACUGUCUUUUCCAAGAGUGAUAAGCCUGCAGGUGCUAGAAUCACUGUCUCUUCCAAGAGUGAUAAGCCUGCAGGUGCUAGAAUCACUGUCUCUUCCAAGAGUGAUAAGCCUGCAGGUGCUAGAAUUACUGUCUCUUCCAAGAGUGAUAAGCCUGCAGGUGCUAGAAUCACUGUCUCUUCCAAGAGUGAUAAGCCUGCAGGUGCUAGAAUCACUGUCUCUUCCAAGAGUGAUAAGCCUGCAGGUGCUAGAAUCACUGUCUCUUCCAAGAGUGAUAAGCCUGCAGGUGCUAGAAUCACUGUCUCUUCCAAGAGUGAUAAGCCUGCAGGUGCUAGAAUCACUGUCUCUUCCAAGAGUGAUAAGCCUGCAGGUGCUAGAAUCACUGUCUCUUCCAAGAGUGAUAAGCCUGCAGGUGCUAGAAUCACUGUCUCUUCCAAGAGUGAUAAGCCUGCAGGUGCUAGAAUCACUGUCUCUUCCAAGAGUGAUAAGCCUGCAGGUGCUAGAAUCACUGUCUCUUCCAAGAGUGAUAAGCCUGCAGGUGCUAGAAUCACUCAAAUGGAGCUACAAUUUUGA